UGUUUCCAUAGGCAAAUAUAUGUACAUUGAAGCUUCAUAUUGGUCAUCGGGUGAUAAUGCCAAGCUUCAGCUUGCAGUACCAAGGAGUCCAUCAUACUCGUGCUUGAGUUUCUACUACCACAUGUAUGGAUCUUCGAUGGGAACUCUAAACGUCUUCAAUGGAAAUGACAAAAUAUUCACUAAAUCAGGAAAUCAGGGAUUUUACUGGAAGAAAGUGUCAAGGGUGCUUUAUCUAAGUGAUGUGUUAACAUUCGAAGGGAUCAGAGGAUCAUCAUACCAAAGUGACAUUGCCAUUGAUGACGUCACAGUUCUUGAAGGAAACUGUCCAGGCUGUGGAGGUGUUUUGAAUAAAUCCUUUGGAGAGGUGGACAUUAGUAAUUCUGGAGAUGAGAGCGAAUCACAUUGCAAUUGGACAAUCGGUAGUGCUGGAAUAAGUCAAGCAGUUGCAAUUAUCUCACUACAAAGGAUAUACUUUGGUUAUUGCAGCGAAUUCGUGAAGAUUUUUGACAGCCAAGGCGUUGAGGUGUACAGUCGAAGAGGAUGUAAUUCAGUUACCUCCGGGCUCACCGUAGAAAUUCCAUUUUCUGGUGGAAGCAGCAUAACACUAGCAGCAUCACUAUCAUACAGAUACAGCUACGUCAGAGUCCAGUACACAAUUUUAAAACAAGCGCUAAGCUUAGCACAACUACUGCCAUCUUGGAAUCUCACGGUCACCAAUAGCACGUCUUCUUCAUCGACAGUGAAGUGGUCACAGUUUCCUCUAACGAACCUGUUUAUUCAGCGAUUCUUGGUGAACUACAGAGAACAUAAUUCAAAUGUCAGCCUGAUUUUUGAAGUCCCAAAUUCAUAUGACACACAUUACACUGGUGCAGUUCUGAAAAGCUACCAGUUUUACGACGUGCAAGUUAUUGCUGUGACGACAAGUGUUGGCAACGGUACUUACUCUACUCAAACAGAAACAACGAGGACUGAAGAAGGAGUGCCCAGCAGUGAGCCAUCGAAUGUGACACUGAAAAACCUAAAGUUCGAUGAAGUGAUGGUACAAUGGAGUCCCAUUCCUCAGCACACUGCAUACGGUAUUCUACUGGGGUACAGAGUUUAUCUCUACGAGUUUAAUUAUUGGUAUUACAGUUUGACAAACACUGUAAACACUAGCAGCUCCAGCGUUCACAUGGUGAUAUUUAGAGGUCUGAAGGCAGCACACAGCUACGGAAUAUCAGUGGCAGCUUUCACAUCAAAGGGUGCAGGACCACAGUCCUACCGGAGAUACAUUACAACAGGUUGCGGAGGCUACAUAAAUCAAUCAUUUGGUCAGAUACAUGUUGACCGCUACAGAGGCUCAAGUUACGUAAGAUGUAAUUGGGAGAUUGGCAGCGUGGGCAUAAGUCAGGCAGUCGCUUUUGUUUGGAUUCAGGACCUGUACUUCUAUUAUUCCUACGAAUAUUUGAAAAUCCUUAGUGGCAAUGGUUCGGUAGUUCUUAAUCAAUAUGGAUACUCAUCAGCUGCACAGAAAACGUUCCUGGAGGUUGAUUUUGGCAGUGCAAACAACAUUACCGUACAAGUCUACCUAUCAUACUACUACAGUCACUUCAAGCUUCAAUAUGGAAUUAUGAAGCAAGGCAUUCAGUCAGGUUAGUAAUGGCUAUGUAACAAGAGAGCCGGGGUGUUCUCUACGAGGUUCUAUACAGGGACGCUCCGCCCUGAGGUCCAACUCUUUAACUUUCAAAUACAAUUUUGACAGGAGAUGUUAACCU